GGCCGGGCUGACACUCGAGCACAGGCGACAGCGGCGAAGACAGGGACAGGCUGCCUCUGCUGCUGCCGCACGCCCCGGCAGACUGACACUGCACGGCAGUCCGCACUGAGCCGCCGUGCGGUGAGGCCUCGUUGGAGCGGCAGCGGAGGCGGCGCCGGCGACCAUGAAGAGGCAGAACGUCCGCACCCUGUCGCUGGUGGUGUGCACGUUCACCUACCUGCUCGUCGGCGCCGCCGUCUUCGACGCCCUCGAGUCCGACACGGAGAGCAAGCGCUGGGAAGUGCUGUCAGAUCUGAGGGAGCAGCUGGUGAAGAAGUACAACAUCACGGCGGAGGACUACCGCGUCAUCGAGGUGGUCAUCAUCGAGAACAAGCCGCACAAGGCGGGACCGCAGUGGAAGUUUGCGGGCGCCUUCUACUUCGCGACCGUCGUGCUCGCCAUGAUAGGGUACGGCCACUCGACGCCGGUGACGAUCGGAGGGAAGGCGUUCUGCAUGGCGUACGCCAUGGUGGGCAUCCCGCUGGGGCUGGUGAUGUUCCAGAGCAUCGGCGAGCGCCUCAACAAGUUCGCCUCGGUGGUGAUCCGGCGCGCCAAGACGUACAUGCGGUGCUCGCGCGUCGAGGCGACCGAGAUGAACCUGAUGCUCGCCACGGGACUGCUCAGCUCGGCCAUCAUCACCACGGGCGCCGCCGUCUUCUCGCGCUACGAGGGCUGGAGCUACUUCGACUCCUUCUACUACUGCUUCGUCACGCUCACCACCAUCGGCUUCGGCGACUACGUCGCCCUGCAGAACGACCAGGCGCUGAGCGAGAAGCCGGGCUACGUGGCGCUGAGCCUGGUCUUCAUCCUGUUCGGGCUGGCAGUCGUCGCGGCCAGCAUCAACCUGCUGGUGCUGCGCUUCAUGACCAUGAACGCGGAGGACGUGCGCCGCGAGGACACGGAGCUGCAGCCGGCGUCUCAGCACGUGCUGACGCUGGACGGCGAGGUGCUGGCCAUGAACGGCAAGCUGCUGGCAGGGCACGCGCACGCCGGCGCCGGCGACGCGCCCGACGCCGACCAGGUGUCUGUGUGCUCGUGCACCUGCCUCGGGCCCUCGUCCUGCGCAGCCGCCUCCGCCUCCGGCGCCGCCCCCGCGGGCUGCUACCAGCCCUGCCGGCCCGACCAGCCGCUGCAGCCGCCCCCGCACGCCUCCGCCACCAAGCGCGCCUCCGUCUAGCCGCGGCUUGCCGGCGCACCGCCUCCCUGCUCCUCCGCUUACUACGUCGUGUGCAGAUGUGGGGACUUCGCACAGUUCCGCUUGCAGACUCAAAAGAGACGUCUUUAAUUUCAGCAACUAACUUCUCACCGACUGAAAACUGCUUUUCAUUCAAACGGAGUGCGUCGUACGACACUUUCGACUGCGAAACCGCAAGGUGUAGGUUCUGACGUCUAAUAGCGCAGUGUCUGCUUCCUUGGCGCACGACAGUCCUUCUCCCCACGAACUGUGAGAGUUUUGUCUUCAGUGUACGUGUAGUGGCUGUAUUUACAGUGUGGCAUCACGUAUUUGCUCUCUGUUCAUAAAAGAAUUGACACCUUCAACACAAUAUCAAUACAUAACCCAUUCCUUUCGAAGAGCACCGAUGGGAACGUGAUUCUUAAUGUCACAUUUCCUUAUUUCCCGAGACAGUACAUAGAGGUGGCACUAAGAAUGGCGCACAGGAAAUUUACUUGCCGGACAUAUACUGGAUUCGAAAAUCCUUCCCACAUCAGGAUUCAAACAAGCUAUCUCCUCCGACUCGAGCGUUCCCACAAAGACGUGUACUAGCGAACUCUGUGAUAGACGUGGGUACCGUCCAAAAGAUUUCCCGUGAGUGGAACGACCGUGUGGGAUCUGGAGAUUAAAGGACUGAGGGGAAUAUGUACAAGCAAUUUGAAUAACUGGAGUACAAAAUGCAUUCGUAGCGGUGAAUAUUAACCACCAUUGGGUGUAAAUUGGAGUGACGAUAACGAAAAUUUCUGCCGUACUGGGACUCGAUCCCUGAUUUUCCAUUUUACAGGAGUGGUCACCUUGACUGCUUCAGGAUUCAAACAAGCUAUCUCCUCCGACUCAAGCGUUACCACAAAGACGUGUACUAGCGAACUCUGUGAUAGACGUGGGUACCGUCCAAAAGAUUUCCCGUGAGUGGAACGACCGUGUGGGAUCUGGAGAUUAAAGGACUGAGGGGAAUAUGUACAAGCAAUUUGAAUAACUGGAGUACAAAAUGCAUUCGUAGCGGUGAAUAUUAACCACCAUUGGGUGUAAAUUGGAGUGACGAUAACGAAAAUUUCUGCCAUACUGGGACUCGAUCCCUGAUUUUCCAUUUUACAGGAGUGGUCACCUUGACUGCUUCAGGAUUCAAACAAGCUAUCUCCUCCGACUCGAGCGUUACCACAAAGACGUGUACUAGCGAACUCUGUGAUAGACGUGGGUACCGUCCAAAAGAUUUCCCGUGAGUGGAACGACCGUGUGGGAUCUGGAGAUUAAAGGACUGAGGGGAAUAUGUACAAGCAAUUUGAAUAACUGUAACAAGAAAUGUAUUCAUAGUUGUCAAUAUGAACCACCAUUGGCUGUAAAUCGGAAUGACGAUAACGAAAAUUUGUGCCAUACUGGGACUGGAUCCUUGAUUUCCCAUUUUAUAGGAGUGGUCACCUUAACUGCUUCAGCUACCUGAGCACAAAUCACAGCCAGACCCAAAGUUCGACAUGUGUUACAUGUGUCACAACCUGCACUUGUACGUUACGUGUAUCCCUGUUUGGGAAGACAUAUUUAGUGAGAGUCGAGGGCCUGAUAUUGGUGAAAUAGCAGUGGCUGUGUAAUAUCCCUUCGUUCGUGUCCAGAGGAACAUUACAUCAUUCUUCUUAAUAACAAAGGCACUGCUAUUUCCUAAUUUAACAGCUUUUGCUAAGUCUACCGUCACCACAUUAUAACAAUUGUAAAAGGCUCCAACCAUGAUGUUGACCAUUUAGCCUUGGCUUCGGGCCUGUUAUAACAGGGACAGGACCGAUGGCCAUACUUCCUUCAACUUUGUCUUCGUUUGCUUACCAUACUAUAGGGUCCCCCACGUUAUCCUGCAUAGCCAAUGUCUAAGGAGUUCCGAUGGGUGUAUGUGACGAACACUGCCGAGUGAGUAACACAUUAUCGCUUUUGCAAAGUUGUGAACAGUUUGUGUAAAAAGCCAUCAGUGGUUGAAAUCAUGUUUUUUUUUUUGACGUUUCAGGUUAGUCGGCGACCUCAGAGAUGUCAAUCCAAAAUGCGUAUUAUGACUUUACGAUUUACAGUCUGGAGUGCCACAGGGACAUCUUUCAUACCAUAGCAAACAAUACUGCAUUUGUGUUUGUGGUGCUGGAGAUCCAUCGUUCGCUCUGGAUUGCACACCUUACUUCUUACUACGGCACGACAACUAAAAGAAGAAACUGUUAGAAAUUCACGCCUCCAUUUUAUGGUGGUUUUAUGGGAAUAUGUACACUGAGGGCUCAUGAAAACACAAUGGCUCCGCAAUAUUCUGCACAGCAGGCAACUGCCUUGACUAGCAAUAUGUAGAGGGUGACAAUUAUUGAAGUAUAUGAAAAAAAAAUUAUGGCGUCCACACACUUUAUUCAAUACAUAAACGUUACUACACAUAUUCUAAUUUAGGUUAUGACAUGUACAAUAUGCCUGCCAUCACUGGUGAUGAUGCGGAACUGACGAAUGGCAAACUUCUGCGAGACCCACGGAGUGUCGGAACAUCGAUGCUGUUGACGACCUCCUGAAUGGCUGUUUUCAUUUCAGCAAUGGUUUUGGGAUACUUCUGCACACCUUGUCUUUAAUGUAGCCCCACAAAAAGGAGUUGUAUGUGUUCAGAUCCGGAGAAUAUGGGGGCCAAUCGAGGCCCAUGCCAGUGGCCUCUGGGUACCCCAGAACCAGAAUGCAGUCCCAAAAGUACUCCUCUAGGACAUCUAACACUGUCCUGUUUAGACGGGGUCGACCUCCAUCCUGCAUGAACCACAUCUUUUCGACAUCAGGGUCAUUUUGGAUAAUGGGGAUGAAAUCAUCUUCCAAAACCUUCACUUACCAUUUGGUGAUCACCAAGUUAUCAAGGAAUAUUGCAUCAAUUGUUCCAUGACUGGAUGCUGCACACCACACAGCCACCCGUUGAGGGUGAAGAGACUUCUCGAUCGUGAAAUACGGUUUCUCAAUCUCCCAAAUGCGCCAUCUUUGCUUAUUAACAAACCCAUCCAAAUGAGAGUAGGCUUUGUCACUAAACCAAAUGCGCGUGCACAAACUAAUCCCCAUUGUGCCCAGUGGCCAACUGUGCAAUUUGAACGUCCUAAUGCAAACCAUUCAGAAGUUAUAAUGAUUCAUAUAUUUCAAUGAUUGUCACCCUGUAUAUGUGAGGCAUACUGUGCAACUCCACAUUUUGUUCCAUUUAAUCUCAUCAAUGUUCAGCUUCUAUAGUCGGUGGCAGCGUUAAUGGCCGCUGGCCACACAGCUCCCGAGAAAUGCUCCAUUGUCAACUCAGCUGAAAAUGCACCAGUAUCACCACAAGCCACUGCAGUGUGUUCCUGCAGUCUGGCAACCUCACAGACCGACUCGACUGAACCUGCCUCACAUUUGAAGAACGAGUACUUCAAAUAUAAGGUCCCUUGCCUGUCUGUGUAACUCUUAGCACCUUCUAAGUGUUUCAGCUAUUAUUAAAAAAAACUCACAGAGUACACAGAAAUCAAUCAAUCAUAGUUUUGCACACAUAGAACAUGAUAGAAUGCUCAAAUGUGAUGGAUGUUCGCACAGCACAGAACGCGGAAACUGAAUGAGCACUGAUUGGCUAGCUGCACAGCUAUCUACUUUGCAUCCUAGCCCAGAGGUCAAAACCAUUGUAUGGACUAUAAGUGUAAUGAAUAUCAGCAGUAUUUUCUUUGUUGGCAAUGGUUAGGUACAUUGUAAUCAUGAAAAUAGGUUACCUCUGUUUCUAAAAAAGACUGAGGCACCUGUGUGAUUUGUGAACAACAUGCCAAUGAACUGUUGUACCAUAUUUCUGACAAGUGUGCAUAGACCUAUUCUCGAUAUGGAAAAUAAUCCUCAUUAUUCUGACAUACAUUUCUACAGUCAUUUGCAUCAAAACUGGACUGCACUAGGCAAGUGACUUCCACUUAUUAAGAUCCAAUAAGCACCUGUCUAACGAGCAUAGCUACCAAUGAAUGAAUGAUACUAUUAUACUGUGUUCUGGAUUUUUGUGGUAUGUUAAUGCAGACACAGUCUCACUUCCACUGUAAUAUUUCCUCUGCAAUCUACAGUCAUGUCAGUGGAUCGUUCCAUAAGCCUGUACUUCAUUUAGAUUUGCUGGGAUGCAACCAUCACCAAGCUCUCUAAAUGGUAUGGCAACAAUAUUACACCUUGAUGGGAAAACAAUAAACAAUAUACAAAUGUACUGAGCUGUGUGUAAGUGUCAGUGCAUGUGCUUCUCAGUGUGCAUAUUUCUUUCUGUUGUUUGGAGUUUCAUGGUAAGAUACAAUUGCAGAUGAUGAAUGCAUAUGAAGUAGAACGAUUUUUCCACUUAUAAUUAAAAUGAAAAUGUAAUUGACACACAAAGUGAAAGAGGGGACACUUACAUAAUAUUACUCACUGAAAUGUGAGAGAGGAAACUCGAAACUAAAUAAUCAGUACUUAAUCCACAAUGCUUACACACUUGUUCAUACUGUAUACAGUCUGCUUUCCUUCUGGUUUGAUAUGGGUAGUAAAAUGCUUUCCAUCUCAGAGAUCAGAAAAGGGAAUCAGAGUUUUACAGACCUCUCCCACAGAGUCCUGCAUUAGCAAAUAUGGCAUCACAGCAGCAUAACACUAUGAGGUAACUUGUUGAGAACAGGUACACAGAAUGACUGUACAAGGAUUGUGAAUAAACAAUGAAAACAAAACUAAAAUGGAAGUUACUUGGAAAAAUCUCAAGCAAGCAGAAUAAGUUGGGAACUGCCCAUUCUAACAUCAGUUAGUGAGGUUAACACUGAAAUGUAUUUAAAAGAUAGAUCAGUGUCAAUCAGUAAAAAACAGGUCUUUUAAAUUGUUUUUGUGCCUAGGGUAUGACUGCAGAGUUUUCUACACAAUCUGCUGUCAAAAUCGUACAUCAGACUGCCACUAAACAAUAUUCUCCAUCCUGUAAAUGAAACACACAGUGAAGCUAAAGGCAUUGAAGAUACAAUUCAUUGUGGUCUCAACCACAAUCACUUGUCACAAGAAACCCUCAUUCAUGUGUUCCACAGAGAAUACGUAUUUUCUAUUUGAAUAUUGUUUAGUAUAUUUUUGGUGUAUUACACACAAAAGAUACACUGUAAUAUAUGUUACAAAAUGACAAUUACUGUCGAUGAAAUGCUUUUUUUUUCCAGUUUCACACUUCCUAUUUUUAUAUUGUUGUUAAAUGGUGUACUAAACAAAUAAUAAAGAUUUUACAUUUUGUCUUCCAUACAAAGUUAUAAGAAAUUUAUAAGCUAAUCUCUAUACCUAAAAUAUUCUAUUUUCUGUGUCACUAACCACAAUUCCCAUUUAUGUCUGUAACAUAGUCUGUGAAAAU